AUGUGCAUUGAUUAACGACCCAUCAUCGAGCUUGCCAAGAUGAAGAAGUUGAACAUCCGGGUUCUGUUUCUUCCCGGGCUUCUCAAGAUCCCGAAAUUACAGAGGAUGGUCUUCAACUUUGAAGUACGUGCAGAGAGGGAACAAUCAACGCGCUUACUCCUUUCAACGUCAGUAGCGUUGUGGUAUUGACAUCGAUUAACCAACAACAAAGGCAGGCCCGAUGAGUAUCAACUGGAAACAAAACCCAUGGCUGUUUGAGCGAGCAAUUCUAUCUAUGCAAUACAAAGAGGUUACAGACAAAGACUAGACCUCGGUCUCUGAUAUUUCACAAACACAUUGUCUCGGACAAUGUGCACAAUUACCGCUGCUGGCUAGGAGAUAAUAAUGAAGCCACUCGCCGACAUCCACAAGGAGAUUCAAGCCCGCUAUUCCUACACGCAACUUUUUAGAAGUCCCUUUGCCGCCUUUUCUUGCGGUUAUCUAAGACAAUGGACUGUCUACCGGCACCCAACGAAGUUGAACGAAGUUCAAGACAAGAGCCAUUGCCGAUUAAACCGUGUACUAUCUUUGUCUCGACACUAUUUCGGGGAAGAACUCGUGGAUGGGGUCCGCUUCAAGCGCGAGGUAGACGAAAUCGACGUCAUGAUACGAAUGUUCAGAGCCGCUGGCGAGGGUCGGCUCGACGGCUUGAUGAAGAAUAUUCUAAACAAACACGGUGUUGGUGUUAAGUAUCAUGUUCCUGAUUGGAUGCGCAGAGCGGCGAAGAAGCUGCAUAGACUAGCCGACGACUCUUCAUUCCGGAAAUGGCAACGGAGGCGUCGGCGCAAGGCUAUGGAUACAGUUGAGAGGCGCCUAGCAAAAGCCGAAAUGUUCCGAAUGACGUUUCUGAACAGCGAAUGGAAAACUGGGCUCAGAAGAGAACCCCUAUUUUACCUUGGUGUAUACCAGAAUGAAAACUUUGGCCGACAAACGCGAAUUGCUUUGUACUUUCAUUCCGAGACUGGAGGUGUAUUGAUUCCCGCACCAUGUACCUGACCCGUAUGCAACAGUAUCGGGUGCUGACAUCUUACAUCCGAAGCAUAACUAUCUUUCCAAAGCGGCAUAUGGUAGCUGAGAGCGGGAGAGACGACGAAUAUACCAGACUUGCUUGUCGGGCUAUGACGUAUGUUGCGACUAGGAUAAUUGACGCCUGUAUCUCAGAGGAUGAGUGGCCAAAUAUGAUGUUGCAGAUGCAGGCUCUUAUAGAUAGGCUAGAGAAAUCCCACAAGGACAGCAGGAUCUGUGAGAUGAGGGAAUUAUUGUCGAAUUUGAACCUCAGUUUCUAGACAUUAGUUUGAAGUUAACGGAGGCAUUUGCUAGAGGCAGAUCCUGAAGAAAUUGAAAAUUCCACUUCCUGUGCGUAAUGAAUGAAGUUGUUGAUGGCGGCUGAUGUAUCGGGACCUUUCCCGCCGGAUGAGGAUAAGCAGGAUCGUGUUCAGAUCUCAAAAGGGCUUCAUG